ACAAACUUCACCUGGCUUUGGAUGCGGGUAAAUGAUGACCAAACAACAAAGAACAAGCCAAUAGAAAUAAUAACUUUUCGGUACAGCCAUACUAAGUAGAAAGGCAAAUACACUGAGUAAUACUGAUAACUAAUCAGAGUGAAAGUGAUCAUUGCCAAUCGGGAAACGAGCAUACCAAGUCUGCUCAAAUAUUCACGCUGAUGCUAUUUAGCAGAAUCAUAACUUUCGUCACGUUCUAGCACGCUGGCUGUGCUGAUGAUGAUGUACACUUGUUGCUCCGAAUGAGCUUCAAAUAUUCUCCGUUUCUCCUGGGACCAAUGCGCAAUGCUCGCUCUCGCUCUCUCGUGUUUGUGGCGCUCAAACUUCAUCAGCUGUUACUUACUUUGAUGGCUCAGCACGACGCGCGUGACUAUUUAACCAGCUUAGUCGACGGUCAUAGGCGAGAGGCCAACAGCAGCAGCAGUAGCAGAACCACGAGCAUCAUCAUGCAUCAUCUCACAGUAGAAUCCGAUCCUCCCAAUAGCAGCACCGACUACGCCAAAGGCAGGGCCAGUCCGGCAGAGGCCAUGCACAGUCACGAGAACAGCCGAAAUCUGAAGCAAGUGAUCCAGCAAUGGACCAGCUCGGACCGUUUGUCCUACUCGAUUGAGUUGAUACCCAAAGAGGACUUUGUACUGGAUCUGAGUCGUCUAAGUCCCAAGCCGAUGUUCUGCUCGUUACCGUGGAUUUCGGAUAACAACCUUCAGUACCAGCGAUUCGUCGAUACCCCGAUGCUCAAAAUGACCGCCAAAAUUGUGCCUCACUGUUCCGUUAUGAAUCACAUAUCCUGCUACAAUAUUACCGAGACCCAGGUGGACAAGUUCGUCGAUAUGGGCAAUUGGAAUCUGUUUGUGGUCCGUGGCGACACGGUCAGCGAGAACCAGCGCUUCAAGCAUUCGUCCGACCUGGUCGAGUAUCUGCUUAGCAAGAACAAUCCCGAUAUUACCAUUGCCACCGGAGGUUACCCGUACGUGCAUCCAGAGUCACCUUCCAUGGACUAUGACGUCAAAUAUCUAAAGCAGAAGGUCGAUCUCGGCGUGGAUUUCGUCCUGACGCAAACCCUGUACGAUGCCGCCUCCUACCUGCAGUACGUGGACGAGUGCCGCCGGGCAGGAAUCACCGUUCCCAUCGUGCCCGGCAUUUUCCUGCCCAGUUCGUACGACCAGCUCGAAACGGUGCUCAACCUAACGCGGGUCAAUCCCCCGAAGGACGUGCUCACCAUGCUCCACUCGCACGCCCUCGACGAACCGGCCGUCUUCGAAGCGUUCGUGGUGAAACACUUUGUCGACCUGGUGCGGACACUGCGCCAGGAACGGCCCGACGAAGUCAAACUGGUGCACUUCUUCACCUUCAACCGGCUGGGGUUGCUCGCAAAGGUGCUGGACAAGAUUGCGGAUUUGUUCUAGUGGAUGUGGGUGGGGUCUUGUGUAGGUGGGCCCGGAUAAGCUCAAUUUUUGGAGGUCCAGUUGGCAUAAGCCACAUUUGAAGUUAAAACCUUAUUUAUAGCACAGAGAACAGACAUCCGAUUUCGAUUCAAGAGAUUGUAUGGAACACCCAGGACAUACGGAAAGGAGUCGCUGUUAUCCCAAAGUUCCUAAACAUGAUAGUGAACCCAUUUUAAUAGAUUUAUACUCAAAUAAAAAACUAAUCUAACGUAUAAAAUAAAAA